CGCAGGUUUGGCGUGGUUUACAUGUUCUGUGCGGUCGGAGUCUACGUCUAAGAUACCCCAGCCUCUCGCCAAUUCUGUAGCGUAGCGUUAUCUGAAAGAAGUCGCUUUUGCGCAGUCUCAAGCAGAGGUCCUCCUGAACCUUUGAUAUCUUCUCUCUACAGGCGUGCCGCCCCGAAUCAUCAUGGAGCCCGAGGGCUCUGUUCCCGCUCCUCCAAUCUUCCGAGCGGUUGCCAACUCGACAAGGCCGCUGUAUCAGCUUCUCAAGGCGAUCAACUUCACAAACAAGGUGCAUAUCGAUAUCACAGAGAAUGGCCUGAGGUUUGCGGCCGACCAUGCUCGAGUGAUGCAAGGGGUCGCGCAUUGGAGCAAGAGCCUUUUCACAACCUACACCACCAAUAUUCCUUCAGGCCCCGCCCGGACGUCCCCUUCGGCUGAGGAUUCGGAGAAAGAAGACGAGGCCUCGCCACCAACCUUCCAGAUCUCUCUUCCCGCACUCCUUGAAACGCUCCAGAUCUUCGGCGCUGCCGACGCGGCCGCCCGCCAAGCCAAGGCCGACGCCGACCCCUACCGCAGCAACCUACGCAACUAUCGAUCCGAUGCCUUCUCCAACCACACGCUGGGCAUGGCGGGCACCUGCUCCCUCUCGUACACCCAGGAAGGUGAGCCCUUCAGCAUCGUGCUCGACGAGUCCGGCGUCAGCACCACCUGCAACCUCACCACCUACGUGCCCGAGACACCGGACGACAUCCCCUUUGACAUUGAGGACCUGUCGUUCAAGAUCAUCACCUCGGCUCGCUGGCUGUUGGAUGCCCUCACCGAGCUGGCUCCGACAAGUCCCGAGAAGCUGACGAUCGCCGCGUCGAAGCGGGAGCCCUACCUCCGCUUGACAAGCUCGGGCGGUCCGCUCGGUUCAAGCAACGUCGACUUUGCCAAGGGGCGGGAUCUGCUCGAAACAUUCUCGGUGAGGCAGCGGUGGGUGCAGACGUUCAAGUUCGACAUUAUCAAAUCGGCAAGCGAGGCCAUGCGCAUCGCCAGCAAGGUCAGUCUGCGCGGCGAUGGCCAGGGCGUGUUGAGUAUGCAGUUUAUGGUUGAAGUGGAGGGGUCUGGUCCGAGCUUUCUGGACUUUCGGUUUGUGCCGUAUGCGGUUUGCGAGGAUGAGGGGGAGGAGGGGGAGGAGGGUGAAGGGGAGGAGGGCCCGGAGAUGGAGCGAUAGGCAUUUCCAAGGGGCUGAUCCCGGAUCUCCUGCAUGUGUUCUGCCAACAUUGAUCCAGCCAGGAGUUGUGGCGAUGAAUUCCUACAGCUCGCAGCCGACAGAGACUAGGUAACCAUAGCUGCUGCGCUGUA